CAAACUCGCGGGCUGCGGGCACACCUCGGAAUUUGUCCCCGCCUCCCUCCUGCGCCCCUCGGACCCCAGCGAGUCGCGAGCGCCCCAGUGGUCACCCGAGGCGUGCACUCGAGCCCGCGGGCAGCGCAGCCUGCAGGCAGGGACCGCUGGCGGCGAUGAAGCCGUCUUGGCUGCAGUGUCGCAAAGUCACCGGCGCCGGGGGACUCGGGGGGUCCCUGCCCGCGUCCUCUCCCGCCCGGGGAGCCGGCCCGGCCCGCCGGGCGUACAUGACCCCCGGCCCGCGGGGCCCUUUCGGCGGCCGGGGCUGCCGGGCGCUGUCCUCGGGCGGCAGCGAGUACCAGACACACUUCGCGGCCUCGGUGGCGGACCCCGAGAGGUUCUGGGGCAAAGCCGCAGAGCAGAUCAGCUGGUACAAGCCCUGGACCAAAACGCUGGAGAACAGACACCCGCCUUCCACCAGCUGGUUUGUUGAAGGGAUGCUUAACAUCUGUUACAAUGCCAUCGAUCGUCAUAUUGAAAAUGGUAAAGGAGAUAAGAUUGCUAUCAUUUAUGACAGUCCUGUCACAGAUACUAAAGCCACUAUUACCUAUAAAGAAGUCCUGGAGCAGGUCUCUAAGCUGGCUGGCGUUCUGGUCAAGCAUGGUGUCAAGAAAGGCGACACUGUGGUGAUCUACAUGCCCAUGAUCCCGCAGGCGAUGUACACCAUGCUGGCGUGUGCAAGGAUAGGAGCCAUCCACAGUCUCAUAUUUGGGGGAUUUGCAUCCAAAGAGCUAAGUGGUCGCAUUGAUCAUGCAAAGCCCAAGCUGGUGGUUACAGCAUCGUUUGGCAUUGAACCUGGAAGGAGGGUAGAAUACGUACCACUUGUAGAAGAAGCACUGAAAAUAGGACGACACAAGCCAGAUAAAGUUCUCAUUUAUAAUCGUCCAAACAUGGAGCCAGUUCCUCUGGCUCCGGGUCGUGACCUUGACUGGGAUGAAGAGAUGGCGAGAGCACAGUCACACGAUUGUGUUCCUGUUCUUUCUGAACAUCCUCUGUAUAUUCUCUAUACAUCUGGAACCACGGGGCUGCCAAAGGGUGUGGUGAGGCCCACUGGAGGAUACGCUGUCAUGCUAAACUGGACAAUGUCUUCUAUAUACGGACUUAAACCUGGAGAGGUGUGGUGGGCAGCUUCUGACUUAGGCUGGGUCGUUGGACAUUCCUAUAUCUGUUAUGGACCUCUUCUACAUGGAAACCCAACGGUUUUAUAUGAGGGGAAGCCUGUGGGAACACCAGAUGCUGGUGCUUAUUUCCGUGUGCUGGCGGAGCAUGGAGUUGCCGCCUUGUUUACAGCGCCGACUGCAAUUAGAGCAAUCCGUCAACAGGACCCUGGGGCAGCCUUGGGGAAGCAGUACUCUCUGACAAGGUUCAAAACAUUAUUUGUGGCUGGAGAACGAUGUGACUUGGAGACCCUGGAAUGGUCCAAAAAAGUCUUCCGAGUACCCGUCCUAGACCAUUGGUGGCAAACUGAGACUGGAUCCCCAAUUACAGCGUCAUGCGUUGGAUUAGGUAAUUCUAAAUCACCUCCUCCAGGGCAAGCAGGAAAAAGUGUUCCAGGAUACAAUGUUAUGAUUUUGGAUGACAACAUGCAAAAGCUGAAGGCUCGGUGUUUAGGAAAUAUUGUGGUAAAGUUGCCAUUACCACCUGGUGCGUUUUCAGGACUCUGGAAGAAUCAGGAAGCAUUCAAGCAUUUAUACUUUGAAAAAUUUCCUGGAUACUAUGACACCAUGGAUGCUGGUUACAUGGAUGAAGAAGGCUAUGUGUAUGUCAUGUCUCGGGUUGACGACGUGAUAAACGUUGCAGGUCACAGGAUUUCUGCAGGUUCCAUCGAAGAGUCUGUUCUUUCCCACGGCACUGUGGCUGACUGUGCCGUUGUUGGCAAGGAAGAUCCUUUAAAAGGUCAUGUCCCGUUAGCACUCUGCGUGUUGAAAAAAGAUUUAAACACAACAGAGGAACAAGUUGUAGAAGAAAUUGUGAAACACGUUAGACAGACCAUUGGACCCGUGGCUGCUUUUCGAAAGGUGGUGUUUGUCAAACAGUUACCCAAAACCAGAUCCGGCAAAAUUCCCCGCUCAGCUCUGUCUGACCUUGUCAAUGGCAAGCCCUAUGAGGUGACUCCUACAAUUGAAGACCCCAGCAUUUUUGGGUACAUAGAAGAAGUACUGAAGCAGGCAUCAUGACUUCUUUUGUUUUUUUUCUUUUUUUUCGAGUCACUUUUCUAAUUAGAGUCAAGUUUUUGGAAUUAUUUCCCAGAAAUCAUUAUUUACAUAGAAAUUACUUGCAAACUGUGAAUUGUAAAGCUUGGUCUAAGAAAAAUCUACUUGAAGACUGGUAAGAGACCUGUGCCUUGUAUUUGAUUAGACCAAUUAGCACCAUUACCAGUUGCCGGUAACAUGACUCAUUACAGGUUUUCCAGCACUUCAGUUUAAGAAAGAUAUAUCCAAGGUAUGAUUUUAAAAAACUGUAUCCCCCCCCAAAAUAUUUUAAUUGAAAAUGACACUAAUAUCAAGCCACUUCCUGAAAUUAGGACUCUGCAUGCAGCUUUGACCAAAAUCUAAAACUCAAGUUGAGUCAAUUUUCUUAUAGAAAUUCUAAAAGUUUCUAAUAUUCUUGAGAUGCCCACAUGCAUGGUUAUUUAAAUGAAAUGAAUGAAAUGGGAAGUUUUAGGUAAUCAUCUAGACAUGAUUUCCUAGAUAGGAAAAUCUAUUUAGUCACACAUUUCCUGAGGGAAGCCUGGGUACCAGAGUUCAGCCCUCUUUUGUCUUUUUGUUACUUAUUCAAGGGAAAUCAACUUGCCUGACAGCCUAGAAGUCAGUUAAUCCAAUCUCGUCAGAGAGAUGAGGGCUCCUUGGAGCCCCUCCCUUGUCAGGUUCUUAGUUGACUGUGUACUUCUUAAUGAUUCCAGCUUCUUUUGGAAAGGGAAUGAUGUAGAAAUGGGUACACUGGCAAGGAAACCUCCUAAGAAAGAAAUGUCAACAUUUUUACAUAAUGCUAAAGACCAGGAAGUGUUUUAAGAGAAACCAAAAAUCCAAAUGUUAUGUGAAAUCUCUAAUUUUUAAAUAACUUGCUAAAAAAAUUGUCCCAUCCAAGCACAUCUUUUCAUGUAAACGUCUAUGAAACUAUUGAGCAUUAAAAAAUAAUAACUGAAAA